UGGCAGGGUCCCGCAGUAUGGGAGAAGCUCUGGGCUCGCGGGUUCGCGUCUGUUCUGGCCCUGCAUCGGAGUGUGGAGAGGUCGCAGCCGGGCGAUCUCUCUACGCGCUACAGCUGCAGUCAGUUGCACGUGCAUCUCCGACCUCGGGAAUCUCGCUGCUCUGUGUGCAUGAUGGGCCGCCGGGCGUCCAGAGCGUCCACUUUUCCCGGCCCCCGCGCGCGGAUUUACCCGUGAGAAGGGCCGCCUUCAGAGCGGGCUGGCCCCGGGGCGCUCGCUCGUCCCUCUCAGCCCACGGCGGGCAUUGUUUUUUGUUUUUGGAGCUGCGCGCCGAUCACCGUCUAUCCCUCGGCGGGAGGAAACUGAGUCCCCUGGACUGGUUGUGGGGGGGGGGGCGGGGUGCAGAGGCGCGGAUAUUUUAUGACUCUUCUGAGGCGCCGUAGGGGGCGUCCGGUGCGUCCCUAGUAACCGUUUGCGCGGGCUCAGGGUUUGGGCUCUCCGAGUCCCACCCAUAAACUCGUGGUUGGUCCACAUUGCCUGUCAAUCGUAACGAAUUGCUCUGCGAUUGGUCCGUGGGCUAGAAGCGCGAGUUGGUUCCCUCCACCUUGCGAAGUGAUCUUGGUACUGUGACCCUGACCAGCUACAGGUGAGGAGCUGGCGCUCCGGAGCGGUAGCAGUGGACGGCAGCCAAGGACGGCUGACGGCUCUGCAUGCCUGGCCGAGAAACCUUGCCUCCAGUCUCCCUGCCCGAGGAGCCCCCGCCCCCCGCCAGCCCCAACUCCUUGCCCGAGGAGCCCACCCCCGGCCCCGCCCCCGCCAGCCCUAGGUUUCCGCCCGCGGCGCGGUGGAGGCUGCUUGCCGUUCGCUCAGCGAUUAGUCUUCUCGCCUGGAUCUAACCGUGCGGAUUUUGCCCAUCUAUUCAUUGUCAUCCUACUAGAAGGUGGGGGUGUGACUUCUGGCUUGCCUGCUCCCCAUGGAUGACCCAGGCCCCCUGCCUGUGGACGAGGACAGCAGGUGCCUGUCUGGCAAUGUCUCUGUGCCUGUACCUGCCAAGGGUCCAUCCGCACUGGACACCUCGGAGCCCAGCAAGCUGCUUUCAGCCCGCAGACACCUGAGUAGGAAGGAUGGACUCUCCAAGCUCUGCCAGAGCAGGGUGGCACUCUCAGAAGACAGAUGGAGCUCCUAUUGCCUCUCGUCCCUGGCUGCCCAGAACAUCUGCACCAGCAAACUGUGCUGCCCCACAGCCCCCGAGCACUCGGACCCAGCUGCGCCCCUGGGCAGCGCCUCCUGCUGCUCCCUGCUGCGAGGCUUGUCUUCCGGAUGCUCCAUGCCCCUGCUCCCAGCCCCAGUGUACAACCCCAACAAGGCCAUCUUCACCGUGGACGCCAAGACCACAGAGAUCCUGGUUGCCAACGACAAAGCCUGUGGGCUCCUGGGGUACAGCAGCCACGACCUGAUUGGCCAGAAGCUGGUGCAGUUCUUCCUGCAGCCGGACUCCGAGGUGGCAGAGGCCCUUAGUGAGGAGCAUGUGGAGGCCGACGGCCAUGCCGCAGUGGUGUUCGGCACAGUGGUGGACAUCAUCAGCCACAGUGGGGAGAAGAUUCCGGUCUCUGUGUGGAUGAAGAGGGUGCGGCAGGAGCGUGGCCUGUGCUGUGUGGUGGUCCUGGAGCCUGUGGAGAGGAUCGCGGCCUGGGUUGCCUUCCAGAGUGAGGGAACAGUCACGUCUUGCGAUGAUCUCUUUGCUCAUCUCCAUGGGUUCUCGUCUGGGCAGGAUGUGGUCGGGCAGCUCAUCACAGACCUGAUCCCGUCCCUGCGGCUCCCUCCUGCUGGCCAGCCUGUCCCAGAGAACCUAGAGAUUCAGAGGUCUGUUGGGAGAGCCAAGGAUGGCACCACCUUUCCUCUGAGCCUGAAGCUGAAGCCCAAGUGCGGCGAGGAGGCAGUGGCCGAGGGAGAGGCGGCUCCUGCACAGGGCUACUGGGCAUCCGUGUGGGUGUUCUGCACCAUCAGCGGCCUCAUCACGCUCCUGCCUGAUGGCACCAUCUAUGGCAUCAACCACAGCUUUGCGCUGAUGCUGUUUGGCUACGGAAAAACUGAGCUCCUGGGCAAGAACAUCACUUUCCUGAUCCCUGGCUUCUACCAUUACAUGGACCUCACAUACAAUAGCUCUUUGCAGCAGCCUGACCUUACUAGCUGCCUGGACGUCGGCAGUGGCAGCGGAUGCGGAGAAAUGACCUUGGACCCCUCCCAGGAUCCGAAGGUUGAUCCAGUGCUUGCUGGUGAUCAUGUGCUGCCACAAGACGAAACCCGGAAGCUGGUGGGAAGCCAAGAAGUCUCUGGUAGGAUGCAGACACAGCUAGAAGCUGGGUGCUGGCUCCCAGCUGCCCGCCCUGCAAGGUCCUCUUCCCGGGCAGACAGUAUCCCGGAGGGGCACCCACUGGCCCAGGACAAACAGUUGUUACCCACAGACCAGCGGAGUGUCCCAGAGGGGCAUGUGCCAGCCCAUGAAAAGCAGUCACCAUCUGAGAACCAGCAGGAUGCCUCAGAGGAAAGCUCACCCUCCCCUGGAGAGAGGGUGCUGCCCAAGGACCCUCAGGACAGCCGAGAAGGAAGCCCUCCAGCCCUUGGUGCGGGGUCACUGCUCAGGUACCAGCAGUUCGCUGCUUUGGGGAGGGCAGAGCCUGCAGUAGCACAGAUCUGCUUGCAGGAGCUUUUGGGAGAAAGCAGAUCUGAACCAGAGGACAAAAUACCAUUUGUUUCCUGUGAAGACCCCAGUUCUCCAGUCCCACCCGAGGACAGGAGCAGUGACAUUGUAAUGUGGGGCCAUGAAGAAGCUCAGCGGGCACUGAUGGCUGCCAGCAGUGCCAGCCCUCAGGCCGGUGCCACCAGGCCUGAACCCCACACUGCAGGGCAGCCAGCAGGAGGGGGCCUCCUGACGUACUGCCCCCAUUAUAGGAGCGAGUGUCUCCUACGGCCGCCAAGCCCAGACUUGGCGCCCAGCCCCCCAGGGGUGGCCUGUGUCUCAUUUGGAACACCCACCCUGGAUGAGCCGUGGCCGGGAGGGAGAGCCAAUCGUGAAGAGCUACAGGUGUGCUUGGUUAAGGAGCAGCUGUCCCGGUUGAGCUUUGGGAGAGCUCUGGGCAUCUCCCGCCUGGAGCCUGUCCCUGCAGAGCACCGACCCUGCAGUGCCUCCCUCUCCAGCAGCCUGGGGGGCAGAGACCUGCGUGGCAGCCACCUGGGCAGCUCCUCUGCUUGCUACGCAUUGGCCACCGACCUCCCUGGUGUCCUGGAGGCAGUGGAAGCCCGGGAGGCCACCAUGAACUCCUGCUCCUGGAACCUUAGGGAGCUCCUUCUCAGUGACGACACAGAUGGAACUUCCUCCAGUUGUUCCUGUGCGACAUCUGAGCUUGGGGCAACGCCCUCUCCUUCAGCGGUGAGCUCUGAUUUCGAUGUGGACAUGCUCCACAGGCAGGGGCCAGGUGCUCUGGGUGACAGAGAGCGGUUACUACUGACUGGCACCUAUUUUGAUCUUGGGGAAGGCCGAGGGUCCCAGGAGAGCUGCCCAGAGCAUGAUCCAACAGAACUACCUGAGAUGUACCUGUCCUCUGAACAUUGUGAAGCCAGUAACACAGAAAGCCCCGGCUGUGUCCUUCCUGCUGUGGACACCUGCCAGGAGGGUACUUGUCCGCCUGCAGAGGACCUGAGGCUGAGUGCCUGGAUCACCUCUACCCCUGUGACGCCUGGGGCUGCCAGCCCAUGUCGGGAGAUCCAGGAGGGCACCUACUCAGGGAGCUGCUAUCACCGAGAUGGCUUGUGGCUGAGCAUAUGCUUUGAGGUGAAGCGGGUGGAGCUCCAGGGCCCUACGAGCCUGUUCUGCUGCUGGCUGGUGAAGGACCUCCUGCACAGCCACCGUGACUCGGCCACCAGGACCCGCCUGCUGCUUGCCAGCCUGCCCAGCUCCACCCACUCCAUGCCUGAGCCCCCAGGACCCGGUCUCGGGGAGGUGCUCAGAGCCAAGCCCUGGGCUGAGGAGGCCCCCACGCCUGUGGAGCUGGAGGGGCUGGCGGCCUGUGAGGGCGAGUACUCAUGCAAGUACAGCACCCAGCGCCCCCUUGGCAGUGGGGCCUUCGGCUUCGUGUGGAUCGCUGUGGACAAGGAACAAAACAAGGAGGUGGUGGUGAAGUUUAUUAAGAAGGAGAAGGUUUUGGAGGAUUGUUGGAUUGAGGACUCCAAACUUGGAAAAGUCACUUUAGAGAUUGCAAUUCUGUCCAGCGUGGAGCAUUCCAACAUCAUCAAGGUAGUGGAUGUAUUUGAAAACCCAGGAUUCUUCCAGCUGGUGAUGGAGAAGCACGGCUCUGGCCUGGACCUCUUUGCUUUCAUCGACCAGCACCCCAGCCUGGACGAGCCCCUGGCCAGCUACAUCUUCCGGCAGCUGGUAUCAGCAGUGGGGUACCUGCGCUCGAAAGGCAUCAUUCAUCGGGACAUCAAGGACGAGAACAUCGUGAUUGCCGAGGACUUUACCAUCAAGCUGAUCGACUUUGGCUCAGCUGCCUACUUGGAAAAGGGCAAAUUGUUCUACACUUUCUGUGGGACCAUCGAGUACUGCGCCCCCGAAGUUCUCAUGGGGAACCCCUACAGAGGGCCGGAGCUGGAGAUGUGGUCUCUCGGUGUCACACUGUACACCCUGAUCUUUGAGGAGAACCCCUUUUGUGAGGUGGAAGAGACCAUGGAGGCCACCAUCCACCCCCCGUACCUGGUGUCCCAAGAACUCAUGAGCCUCAUUUCUGGGCUGUUGCAGCCUGCCCCUGAGCAGCGCACCACCUUGGAGAAGCUGGUGACAGACCCCUGGGUGACGCAGCCUGUGAACCUUGCUAAAUACACCUGGGAGGAGGUGUGCAGUACCAGCAAGCCAGAGAGUGGCCUGCUGUCCACCGGCAGUUUGGAAUGCAGGACAGGCAGCAGGAGCCUGAGUGAAGCAGCCCAGGCUCCAAGGUUCCAGGGGGGCCCUGACCCUGAAGAGGCGUCCAGUGGCCAUCACUGCUCGGGUCCUGAGGACCCCUCUCCACUAGCCAGCUGAACGUGGGCUUCCCAUGCUCAUCUCCACUCAUUCUGGAAAACUGUGGACUUUGGACCCCUUCCACUUGGAGAAAGUAAAUUGUUAAGAACUGGUCCAGUUCACCUUCUAUAAACCCAGGUGCAAGUUUGAUAGGUGGUAAGACAAAAGCCAGUGGUACUAUAUUUUCUCAAAGUUUAUAAAGUGGACUUGGAAUUCAUGUUUUUUUGUGACCUUGAAAAGCAUUCUAGUAUAUAAUUAUUUUAUACUAUUAAAAGGCUUCUGAUUGUGAA